UGAAGUCCCCUUCUACAAACUAGUUGAUGAGAACAAAGUCUCUAUAGCUUAGAUCUCUAAAUUCCCCUCAUCUUUUUCAUCACUUCAACUUAAAAAUAAAAAAAAAACUCCAAAACAUAAAACCACAAGUGAAGGAAUCGAAUCACACAACUCAACUCUGGAAAACUUAACUCAGUUCUUGUUCUUUCCCUUUCAUAUCCCACUUGUAAAACCAACAAUACAGUUAUAUAUAGUUAUAUACAGAGAGAUUAAUAAAGGUGUUAUGUUCUUGAUAAGUUCAUAAACAGUAGAGGAAACUAAAAGGGUCUUGAAUAAUUCAUUGUUUCUAAUCUUUUCCUGCUUUUCAGGGCUAGCUCGCCGUCUUAGUACCCUUUUUUCUGUAGUGAUUGUAGGCGCAUUAAAGCUAAAGAUCCAUAUAAAUUAUAGUAGCUAGCUAUAUAUUUAGCUGUUGCAGAGAACAUUUAUUAGCUGCUUAAUUCUUGGAAUUGAGGAUUUUUAAAACAAUUUUUACAUUCUGAAAACAAGGGAAGAGCUGCAGAGAGAUUUAAAGGUGAUAACUCGAGUGACAAAACACUGAGUUUUUUCUUCUUCAAAUUCGAAAGAGACAUUUCACAAAGAUCUUCAAGAUUUAGAGAAAAACGAAGACAAUGUUGGGUCAGAAGCAAGCAGAAGAAGCAAUAGUAGUCUCUAAUAUUAGUGAGACAGAAUAUGAAACUGGCAAAGAAGAAACUUCAUCAGUAGCAGCUGAAGAUCACUCCAUUCUCAGUGUUAAAAGCUUUCUUUGGCAUGGUGGCUCUGCUUGGGAUGCCUGGUUCAGCUGUGCUUCCAAUCAAGUGGCGCAAGUUUUAUUGACACUGCCUUACUCAUUUUCUCAACUGGGUAUGCUGUCAGGAAUCAUUUUCCAAAUAUUCUAUGGAAUUGUAGGAAGCUGGACUGCUUAUCUUAUCAGUGUACUCUACAUUGAGUACAGAAACAGAAAGGAAAAAGAGAAUGUUAAUUUCAAGAACCAUGUUAUCCAGUGGUUUGAAGUGCUUGAUGGUCUACUGGGACCAUAUUGGAAAGCAGCUGGUUUAGCAUUCAACUGUACUUUCUUGCUAUUUGGAUCUGUUAUACAGCUGAUUGCUUGUGCAAGUAAUAUUUACUACAUAAAUGACCAUCUGGACAAGAGAACUUGGACUUACAUAUUUGGAGCUUGCUGUGCCACUACUGUGUUUAUACCUUCUUUUCAUAACUACCGAAUUUGGUCCUUUCUUGGCCUUGGAAUGACCACUUACACUGCCUGGUAUCUCACUGCAGCAGCUUUAAUUCACGGCAAGGUUGAAGGUGUAACACACAGUGGUCCAAAAGAGUUGGUGUUAUAUUUCACCGGAGCUACCAACAUUCUGUAUACCUUUGGUGGACAUGCUGUGACUGUUGAAAUAAUGCAUGCAAUGUGGAAGCCACAAAAGUUCAAAUACAUAUAUCUGAUAGCAACACUCUAUGUUUUCACACUAACACUUCCGUCAGCUUCCGCCAUGUACUGGGCCUUCGGCGAUGAGCUUCUGAACCAUUCCAACGCCUUUUCUCUUCUACCCAAAACCAGAUUCCGUGACGCCGCCGUUAUCUUGAUGCUUAUUCAUCAGUUUAUAACAUUUGGAUUUGCAUGCACGCCGUUGUAUUUCGUGUGGGAGAAAGUGAUCGGAAUGCACGACACGAAGAGCAUUUGCCUCCGGGCACUUGCACGGCUGCCGGUGGUGAUUCCGAUAUGGUUUUUGGCUAUUAUUUUCCCUUUCUUUGGGCCGAUUAACUCCGCCGUGGGUGCUCUUUUGGUCAGCUUCACUGUUUAUAUUAUCCCUGCUUUAGCUCAUAUGCUCACCUACAGAAAAGCUUCUGCUAGACAGAAUGCAGCAGAAAAGCCUCCUUUCUUUUGCCCAAGCUGGACCGCCAUGUAUGUGAUUAAUUCCUUCAUAGUAGUGUGGGUUCUAGUGGUUGGUUUCGGGUUCGGUGGAUGGGCUAGCGUCACCAACUUUGUCAAACAAGUUGACACUUUUGGCCUUUUUGCUAAAUGCUACCAAUGCAAGCCUCCGCUGCCUCCGGCCACCGCUCCGACACCGCUUCCCUCUUCUCACCACCACUGAUGACGGCCGGGAUUUUUUUUUACUUUUUUUUGUAUCAUACGAAAGGGUGGUGGUAGCAAUAUCUCCUCUACAUGUGAUGUGUGCUGGAUUUUUUUUGCUUUUUUUUUCCUUUUAUAUAUAAUUUUUCCUAAAUUAGUUGAUAAAAUAGUGUGUUGUUGAAUUGAUAUGAUCCAUUUGCUAUCAAAGGAUAGUCCUAAUUAAUUAAAUUAAUUAGAUAUUAAAUAUAUAUAAUUUCAAUGUUUAGUA